AUGGGAAAUUUUAGCAUAUACUUGCUGCCAAUGCUACUCAUUUUUUUCAAUUACACUCUUCAAAUGGCAGAAUCUGCUGCUGCACAAAACCCUAGUGCCACAGAUUUCAUCAAGACCUCCUGCAGUGCCACUCGCUACCCUGCGCUGUGUGUGGACUGUCUCGCCAGCUACGCAAAUACAGUGCAACGAAAUGAGCAGCAACUGGCUGAAGCCGCCUUGGAAGUCAGCUUAUCUAGAGCUCAAGCCGCCUCAACUUUUGUUUACCAGCUAUCCAAAUUUAAGGGCAUAAAACAAAGAGAAUACCUAGCAGUAAAAGAUUGCAUACAGAACAUGGGAAACACAGUGGCUCAGCUUAGCCAGUCUUUGAAGGAGCUCGGUGGGAUGCGUGUGUUAGCAGGCCAAAACUUUGUUUGGCAUGUUGGCAAUGUGAAGACAUGGGUUAGUGCUGCUUUAACUAAUGAAAAUACUUGUCUUGAUGGGUUUUCAGGUCCUGCCAUGGAUGGAAAUGUGAAGAUUUCAUUAAGGAUAAGAGUAUUAAAUUGUGCACAAGUCACUAGUAAUGCACUUGCCUUAGUUGACCGCUUUGCAGCAAGACACAAAGCUCACUUACCUUGA